UCCGAAGAUGGAAGAGACGGGUCGUUCGCGUCAAGACGCCAACGAAAAUGUCUACUCACUGGAGAGACGACGAGAUUCGGGAACUUCUGUCGGUAAGAGCCGACGCCGAAAUAGUCAGACAAAUUAAAGGGACGGCAAGAGACUCCGUUGUUUAUGACCAAAUUACGAGCCGGCUGCGUGACCGCGGUGUAAACCGAGCCAAGGCGCAGGUGAACAACAAACUAAAAGCACUCAAAAGGCAGUACCAUGAGAUCGUUAACCACAGCGGCCGGAGUGGAAACGACCGCAAAACAUGGUGUUAUUUUAGUUUGUGCGAGGCAAUAUGGGGGGUGAGUCCACCGGCGAACCCUGUGGCUUUGGUCGGGUGUGUGGAGACGGCCUCCACCUCGAGUUUUCCCGAGACGCCUUACAGCGACUCUGAAGAGCAGACUACAGUGUAUGAAACUGAUGUGUCCAUCAACGACUCGGUUUUAAGUACAGAGUCGUUGUAUCGUUAUCCACCAAAGAAGAAGAGGGGGAGGAAUCAGGCACAUUCAGAAAGACGAUCUGCUGAGAUGAGGGAUCUCUUCAAUGAGACAGACAAGGAUUUCAAAGAGGAAAAGGCUCAUGUCACCUGUCCUUCACUCUCAACAUCUCCUCGCAACUCGGCUCGGAAGAAGAGACGCACCAUAGAUGAGGCCAUUCUUUCAAGAUUGGCCCACCUGGACAGAGGGAUACAGAAAAUUAGACAGCGGGACAAUGCAGACUUUCGGUUUGCUGCAGUGAUUGUGGACAUGUUGGCUCAUGUUGACCCAAAGCAUAAAUCAGAGGUUAAAUAUAAAAUAUACCAGAUGUUAUAUGAGGCGGGGAGGGACUUCCCUAAACAAUAGAAAAUAAGACAAUUGCACUUUUAGAUUGAAUGUAUAGUUUUGUUUUAUCUUUGAUUUACAACAAAUCUCAACAAUACACAAAAUACUGUAAAUUUUUUUGUACUCACUGUGUGAGGCUUGUUUUCAUAUAUAUAGUUAAGUAGUAUGGGAUCAGUAGUCUCUCUAAUGACUGUCCCACCAGAACUGUGUCAGGAAGUACGACUGCAGUUUGUUUUGCAUUGCAGUUGUUCUAAUUAUACAUCCAUGCAAUUGCAGCCUGUGAAGUCAGACUUCUACAUUCACUUGACAGAUGCUCCCCUAACUAUAAACACAGACACCUAGAUUUAAAAAAAAAAACUGUAAUUGUGUUUUUAAAAAGGUGCUU